AUGGCUUCCCGUAUCCUGUCCAGAUCCAGACAGCUCUAUGCUAGUCAGGUUGUUGUACCGCAUGAGUCUGCCAUUCCAGCUCGUUACUUUUCGGCCAAGUCUGAGCCGGAACUGAAGGGAGAUGCGAUGCUCAAGAACAUCUUUCUGGAUGUGAAGAAAAAGUUUGAGACUGCAAUGGGAAUUCUUCGAAAGGAGAAGAUAACCAUUGCACCUGAAGAUCCAGCUGCUGUUGCUCAAUAUGCAAAGGUCAUGAAGACUGUCAGAGAGAAGACUGAUUUGUGGACUGAAUCUCAAACUAUCAAGCAUGCCAUUGAGUCAGAAACAAAGGAUAUCCCAGAUGCUCGUGGUUACUUGCUGAAAUUGCAGGACAUGAGAAUCAAGCAGGGUCUCAAAGACGAGCUUGGUGCUGAAGCUAUGAUGAUGGAUGCCUUGGAAAAAAUUGAGAAAGAACUCAAGAAACCUCUCAUGAGGAAUGAUAAAAAAAAUAUGGCUAGUCUCAUGGCUGAGUUUGACAAGAUCAAUCAGAAGCUUGGAGUUAGAAGGGAAGACCUACCGAAGUAUGAAGAACAGUUGGAACUCAAAAUUGCCAAGGCACAAUUAGAGGAGCUGAAGAAGGAGGCUGAAGAGGCCAUGGACACCCAAAAGAAAAGGGAGGAAUUCAAGGACGAGGAAGUGCCAGACGUGAAAUCUUUGGAUAUCCGGAACUUCAUUUGA